UCUAGCCCAGCUCGUAGCUAGCGCUCCCCUCGCCUCCUGCGUUUCCCCCGCGGCGGCGAUGCCAGGGCCCUGGCCAGGGCUGCGCUGGGCGCUCCUCGGCCUCUGGGCUGCCCUGAGCCUGGGGCUCCUCGGUCUCUCAGUGGUCGCGCAGGAACCCUUCUGGGCGGACCUGCAGCCUCGCGUGGCGCUCGUGGAGCGCGGGGGAUCGCUGUGGCUGAAUUGCAGCACCAACUGUCCACGGCCGGAACGCGGUGGCCUGGAGACCUCGCUGCGCCGGAACGGGACCCAGAGGGGUCUGCGCUGGCUGGCACGGCAGCUAGUGGACAUCCGCGAACCGGAGACCCAGCCAGUCUGCUUCUUCCGCUGCGCGCGGCGCACACUGCAGGCGCGUGGGCUCAUCCGCACCUUCCAACGGCCGGAUCGCGUAGAGCUGAUGCCGCUGCCCCCCUGGCAGCCCGUGGGCGAGAACUUCACCCUGAGCUGUAGGGUUCCCGGCGCGGGGCCCCGUGGGAGCCUCACGCUGACCCUGCUGCGGGGCGCCCAGGAGCUGAUCCGCCGCAGCUUCGUCGGGGAGCCACCGCGGGCGCGGGGCGCGGUGCUCUCGGCCACUGUACUGGCGCGGAGGGAGGACCACGAGGCCAAUUUCUCAUGUCGCGCGGAGCUGGACCUGCGGCCGCAUGGGCUGGGACUGUUUGAAAAUAGUUCGGCCCCCAGACAGCUCCGGACUUACACCCUAACUCCGGAUCGCCCGCGCCUAGCCGCUCCCCGGCUCUUGGAAGUGGGGUUAGAAAGGCCUGUGAGCUGCUCCCUCGAAAGACUGUUCCCGGCCUCUGAGGCCCAGAUCUACCUGGCGCUGGGAGAUCAGAGGCUGAAUUCCGAAGUCACGCGCGAGGGGGACGCGCUCACGGCCACUGCCACAGCGCGAGCAGAGGAGGAGGGCAUUGGGCAGCUGGUCUGCAACGUGACUCUGGGGGGCGAGAGCCGCGAGACACGGGAGAACGUGACGGUCUACAGCUUCCCGGCGCCCCUCCUAACCCUAAGCGAGCCCGUAGCACCCGAGGGGACGACGGUGACGGUUACCUGCACAGCUGGGGCCCGAGCCCUGGUCACACUGGAUGGAGUUCAAGCCGUGGCCUCCGGACAGCCUGCCCAGCUCCAGCUAAACGCUACCGAGAAUGACGACAGGCGCGGCUUCUUCUGCGACGCCACCCUCGAGGUGAACGGGGAGAUCUUGAGUAAGAACCGGAGCGCCGAGCUACGCGUCCUAUAUGCCCCCCGGCUGGACGAUUCGGACUGUCCCAGGAGCUGGACUUGGCCGGAGGGACCAGAGCAGACGCUGCGCUGUGAGGCCCGGGGAAAUCCAGGGCCUUCCGUGCACUGCGCGCGGCCCGACAGCGGGGCGGUGCUGGCGCUGGGCCUGCUGGGUCCGGUCACUCGCGCACUCGCCGGCACCUACCGCUGCACGGCGGCCAACGUCCAGGGCGAGGCGGUCAAGGAUGUGACGCUGACGGUGGAGUACGCACCGGCACUGGACAGCGUGGGCUGCCCAGAACGCAUUACGUGGCUAGAAGGAAUAGAGGCCUCUCUGAGCUGUGUGGCCCACGGGGUCCCGCCGCCCACUGUGAGCUGUGUGCGCUCUGAGGAGGAUGGGGUCAUCGAGGGGCUGCUGCACGUGGCCCGGGAGCACGCGGGCACCUACCGCUGCGAAGCCACCAACGCGCUCGGCUCUGCCGCCAAAAAUGUGGCUGUCACGGUGGAAUAUGGCCCCAGUUUUGAGGAGCUGAGCUGCCCCAGCAAUUGGACAUGGGUGGAAGGGUCUGGGCGGCUGUUUCCCUGUGAGGUCGACGGGAAGCCAGAGCCAAGCCUGGAGUGCGUCGGCUCCGGGGGCGCCAGUGAGGGGCUGCUGCUACCGCUGGCCUCCCCAGGCCCUACUCCCAGAGCCUCCAGCAUCUCCAGUGCCCUGGCACCUGGCAUCUAUGUCUGCAACGCCACCAACCGGCACGGCUCGGUGGUCAAGAUGGUCGCCGUGAGCGCGGAGUCGCCGCCUCAGAUGGAUGAGUCAACCUGCCCCAGUAACCAGACGUGGCUAGAAGGGGCCGAAGUGGCCGCGCUUGCCUGCGCCGCCGGGGGUCGCCCCUCCCCACGGGUGCGCUGCUCGCGGGAAGGCACGCCGCGGCCUGAACGGCAGCGCGUGUCCCGAAACGACGCGGGCACCUAUCGCUGCGUGGCCACCAACGCUCACGGCACGGACGCCCGCACUGUCACCGUGGGCGUGGAAUACCGGCCGGUGGUGGCCGAGCUGGCAGCCUCGCCCCCGGGAGGCGUGCGGCCUGGAGGGAACUUCACGCUGACGUGCCGCGCCGAGGCGUGGCCCCCAGCCCAGAUCAGCUGGCGCGCGCCCCCGGGGGCCCCCAACAUUGGCCUGUCAAGCAACAAUAGCACGCUGAGCGUGGCCGGCGCCAUGGGCAGCCACGGCGGCGAGUACGAGUGCGCAGCCACCAACGCGCACGGGCGCCACGCGCGGCGCAUCACGGUGCGCGUGGCCGGUCCGUGGAUGUGGGUCGCCGUGGGCGGCGCGGCGGGGGGCGCGGCGCUGCUGGCUGCGGGGGCCGGCCUGGCCUUCUACGUGCAGUCCACAGCCUGCAAGAAGGGUGAAUACAAUGUGCAGGAGGCCGAGAGCUCGGGCGAGGCCGUGUGCCUCAAUGGCGCAGGCGGCGGCGCUGGCGGGGGCCCCGGUGCGGAAGGUGGACUUGAGGCGGCGGGGUCGACCGAGGCGCCGGCGGGGGGCGAGGUCUUCGCCAUCCAGCUGACAUCGGCGUGAGCCCGUGCCCCCCUCCCCGCGGGCCCGGGGAUGCCCCCAGACGUACACGGGGGCCUAUUUAUUGUUCCAUUUAUUUAUUUACUCAUUUAUUUAUUCAACUCCAGGGGCGACAGCCCUAUUUUCUACCCCCCCAAUAAAGUUUUUAUAAAGGA